GGGACGGAGGGACCCCGGGUGGGACGGAGGGACCCGGGUGGGACGGAGGGACCCCAGGAGGGACGGAGGGACCCGGGUGGGACGGAGGGACCCCAGGAGGGACGGAGGGACCCGGGUGGGAGAGAGGGACCCCGGGUGGGACGGAGGGACCCCGGGUGGGAGAGAGGGGACCCGGGUGGGACAGAGGGACCCCGGGUGGGACAGAGGGACCCCGGGUGGGACAGAGGGACCCCGGUUGGGACAGAGGGACCCGGUUGGGACAGAGGGACCCCGGUGGGACAGAGGGACCCCGGUGGGACAGAGGGACCCGGGUGGGACAGAGGGACCCCGGGUGGGACAGAGGGACCCGGUUGGGACAGAGGGACCCCGGGUGGGACAGAGGGACCCCGGUGGGACAGAGGGACCCCGGUGGGACAGAGGGACCCGGGUGGGACAGAGGGACCCGGGUGGGACAGAGGGACCCCGGGUGGGACAGAGGGACCCCGGGUGGGACAGAGGGACCCCGGUUGGGACAGAGGGACCCGGUUGGGACAGAGGGACCCCGGUGGGACAGAGGGACCCCGGUGGGACAGAGGGACCCGGGUGGGACGGAGGGACCCCGGGUGGGACGGAGGGACCCCGGGUGGGAGAGAGGGACCCCGGGUGGGACGGAGGGACCCCGGGUGGGACGGAGGGACCCCGGGUGGGACGGAGGGACCCCGGGUGGGACGGAGGGACCCCGGGUGGGACAGAGGGACGCUGGUGACGGUUCGGGUGCCGUUCCCGUUGCAGCGCGCGGAGGAUUUCGGCCCCGUGGAGGUGAUCUCGCAUUGGCACCCCAACCUGACCAUCAACAUGGUGGACGACCACACGCCAUGGGUGAAGGGCAGCGUCCCGCCCCCCCUGGACCAGUACGUGAAGUUCGACGCCAUCAGCGGCGACUACUACCCCAUCCUGUACUUCAACGACUACUGGAACCUGCAGAAGGACUACUUCCCCAUCAACGAGUCGCUGCGGCGCCUGCCCUUCCGUCUGUCCUUCUGUCCGCUGUCCCUGUGGCGCUGGCAGCUCUACGCCGCCCAGAGCUCCCGCUCGCCGUGGAACUUCCUGGGCGAGGACCUGUACGAGCAGUCGGACGAGGAGCAGGACUCGGUCAAGGUCGCACUCCUGGAGACCAACCCCUACCUGCUGGCGCUCACCAUCAUCGUCUCCAUCGUCCACAGCGUCUUUGAGUUCCUGGCCUUCAAAAACGACAUCCAGUUCUGGAACAGCCGGCAGUCGCUGGAGGGUCUGUCCGUCCGCUCCGUGUUCUUCGGCGUCUUCCAGUCGCUCGUUGUCCUUCUCUACAUCCUGGACAACGAGACCAACUUCGUGGUGCAGGUCAGCGUGUUCAUCGGGCUGCUCAUCGACAUCUGGAAGAUCACCAAGGUCAUGGACGUCCGGCUGGACCGCGAGAACAAAGUGGCCGGAGUGUUUCCGCGCGUCACCUUCAACGAUAAGUCGACCUACAUCGAGUCUUCCACCAAGGUGUACGAUGACAUGGCAUUCCGGUACCUGUCAUGGAUCCUGUUCCCCCUGCUGGGAUGUUACGCCGUGUACAGCCUGUUGUACCUGGAACACAAGGGCUGGUACUCCUGGGUGCUCAGCAUGCUCUACGGCUUCCUCCUCACCUUCGGGUUCAUCACCAUGACCCCCCAGCUGUUCAUUAAUUACAAGCUGAAGUCGGUGGCGCACCUGCCCUGGCGCAUGUUGACCUACAAGGCGCUCAACACCUUCAUCGACGACCUCUUCGCCUUCGUCAUCAGGAUGCCCAUGAUGUACAGGAUAGGCUGCCUGCGUGAUGACGUCGUCUUCUUCAUUUACCUCUACCAGCGCUGGAUCUACCGGGUCGACCUCACGCGCGUCAACGAAUUCGGGCUCAGCGGGGAGGACCAGGUGCCCCCCCGACCCCCCCCCUUGCCCACCGCGACCCCCCCACUGGGGGGGGACAAACCCCCAGAGGACAAAAAGAAGGAUUAAACCCCCAACCCCCCCCCCAUUUCCCACUUGGUUUUUACCAAACUCAGCCUUUCCGCCGGGCAGCGGAUUGGGGGGGUGGGGGGGGGGUGGGUUGUGUGGCCCCACCCCCGGGGGUCGGGGGGGUUUUGGGGGGCGGCUGUGCGGCCCCCCCAUGGUUUGGGGAGGGGUUUUGCCCCCCCUCCCCGCCCCCACCACGUGGUGUUUUCACGUUGUCCCCCCCCCCACCUUGCUCCGGGUCCCGUCCGCGUUGUUGGCUCCAUCCCAUUGUGCCGGUGUGUAGGACAGUGUCGCGGCGUCGCCUCCUCCAUAAAGAGCUGAUUUCACCCCAAAA